AUGUUUACCGUUUCCACAUCGCCUCUCAUCCAUCCUAACAUCCGCAACAAUGUUUUCAUGCCCCGCAGAAUCCGAUUACACACAUCUCCAUCUAUACGUCUCUCCAUUCGCUCCUCUUCUUCUUCUUCUCGGGAUACUGGAUUUACCUGUAUUGAUGGAAAGAAAGAGGCAAAAAGUAUUAGAGAUGAAAUCAAAAUCCAAGUUUCAAGAAUGGCUGCAUCAAAAAAUAUAGUUCCUGGAUUAGCUGUAAUCCUCGUUGGGGACAAAGAAGAUUCCGCAAGUUAUGUGAGGAACAAGAAGAAAGCUUGUGAAUCUGUUGGGAUUAAAUCAGUUGAUGUUUGUCUACCUGAAGAUUCAUCAGAGGAAGAUGUGUUGAAAUAUGUUUUAAGCUUCAAUAAGGAUCCUUCUAUCCAUGGAAUCCUUGUUCAAUUGCCUCUACCAUCGCAUUUGAAUGAAGCCAACAUAUUGAAUAAGAUUAUUAAAGAGAAAGACGUAGAUGGAUUUCACCCAGAAAAUAUGGGACUUCUUGUCAUGCGAGGAAGAGAACCCUAUUUUGUUCCGUGUACUCCAAAGGGAUGCAUUGAGCUAUUGCACAGAUACAACGUUGAGAUCAAAGGAAAAAGAGCUGUUGUUAUCGGAAGGAGUAACAUUGUUGGUUUACCAGUUGCUCACUUAUUACUGAAUGAAGAUGCAACAGUUACCAUUAUCCAUUCAAAAACCAAGAACCCUGAAGAAAUCACACGGGAAGCUGAUAUCAUAAUUGCAGCGGCUGGACAACCAAACAUGGUUAGAGGAAGUUGGAUUAAACCGGGAGCAGUCGUCAUCGAUGUUGGGAUUAAUCACAUUGAGGAUCCAAAUGCUCCACGUGGCCACCGAUUGGUUGGAGACGUUUGCUAUGAGGAGGCUUGCAAAGUUGCAUCAGCCAUCACACCAGUUCCUGGUGGUGUAGGACCAAUGACCAUUGCCAUGCUUCUAUCCAACACCUUGUCAUCGGCUAAGAAAUUCAUAACUUCCAAUGACCUUUGA